AUGGCCCAUUACAAAGCCACCGACUCAAAGUGCCAGCAGUUCCGGAGGUACUUGGAGAAGUCGGGGGUGUUGGACACGCUGACCAAGGUAUUGGUAGCCUUAUAUGAAGAACCAGAGAAACCUAAUAAUGCUUUGGAUUUUUUAAAGCAUCACUUAGGAACUGCUACCCCAGAAAAUCCAGAAAUAGAGCUGCUUCGCCUAGAAUUGGCAGAAAUGAAAGAGAAAUAUGAAGCUAUUGUAGAAGAAAAUAAAAAACUGAAAACAAAGCUUGCUCAGUAUGAACCAUCUCAGGAGGAGAAGCGUGCUGAAUAGGAUUCUUCUUAAUUGAAAAGACACUGAAAAAUGGUUUUGUAUGACUUGAAUAGUUUGUAUAGUAUAUAAUCUUUCCCUAACAGAUGCUAUAACACUCUUUUAUUAUGUUUAAUUCA